GAAGAAGCAGAACACCGCAAAAAGAUUAUAUUAUUUUUCAAUACUUCCACUAUUUAUCAAUUAAAGCAAAAGCCAUUGGAGUCAAGAUGAGUCAAAAAGUAAUCAAAUACAUUGGACGCACCACAGACUUUCGCGGCAACUCGCUCUGGGAGAUAGUAGGCAAUCUGCCGGACUGGGGAGUGGGUCGCAUGGUUAUACGUAACAUGUUCCAACGUUAUCCGGAGCCCUGCUACAUGAGAAUCUUAAAAGUGCAGGCGAUAGAUGAGCAGCCAAACGAGGUGCGCAAGGUGCGCGUAACUGUGGAGAAAACGUGGCGCGGAAUCACGCAACCCAAACCCGUCGAGAUUUAUAGCACCAGCUACAAGGCGGACUACGAACUAGUGCCCCUCAGCGAGGAACACAAGUUUCUGACCAAUAACAAGAAGGCGGCGUCAGUUGUGCUACCCACAAAGCUGGAUUUGCCACCACUGCUACGGGAGUAUGUCAGAGAUGAGACCGGCGAGAUGAAUCCCCAAAUGGCUGUGCACUUCAAGAAGACGCACAAUAAAAACGCUCGCCUGGCUCAAGCCGGCGAGCAGCCUACGCUUCAAAUGUCCAUGGAUGUGGGCAAACCAGCACCGAUAAGCGCCAAGCUCUACGAUGGACUGCUAUGAGGGAUAAAAGGAUUUGGUUUUUGCGUUUGUUUUUUGUUGUAGUUGAUUAAUAAACUUUUAAUGUACACAC